AUGGAGAAUAUUUAUCCACACUUCACUGCGACAACACUCCUCUGCUUCAUCCUUCUGAUUCCGUUUCAAACAUUGGCUCAGACCUCGUGUUCUGCUCCUUCAAGUGUGCAGUUUCCAGAAAACAACAGAAUAGAUGACAUUGUUGUGACAAUAACUGUCCAGCCAGAUGUGACCCUUGAAUUUACUCCUCCAGCUGCAGACCCGAACCCAUUUUCACUUAAUGGAAACAACCUGAUAGCUGCAAAGGUGUUUGACUAUGAGAUUGAAAAAAGUUUUCCGGUCCGCAUCACGUGUAAAACAACCACAGGACUGACGACAAACAUCGUCAUCAUUGUACUCAUUGGCAAUUUGAAUGAUAACCCUCCCGUCUUUGAUAAAAAUCCGUACGAUGUUCAAGUCAGUGAGAUGGCAGCUAUAGGGACCACUGUGGGUCAGUUCACUGCCAAAGACUUGGACAACCCCCCCACGCUCUACUAUACACUCACACCUGAAUCUGGUUACUUUAGACUGCAGUCACAGACUAGCGCAGUUAUUCUUGUUAAUGCACGUCUUGAUUAUGAAAAAGUCAAAAAUGUGCAGCUGGUAUUGGAAGUUCUGGACACACAAGAACCAGAAAGAUAUACUGCCACCACAACUAUUGCAGUCACUAUCUUAGAUGGGGACAACAGACCGCCAUGGUUCCAGCCGUGCACCACACAUGACAUGGGCGAGAAUGUGAUUUGCCAGAGUAGCGGCUAUACUGGAUUUGUUGUCCUUAAUGAACAGGAGCCUGGAGUGUUACCACUGAAACCAGGACCUCUGUACGCCAUUGAUGGAGACUCUGGAAUAAAUGAGGAGAUAACGUAUUCAUUCCUAAGUGGAAAUGAAGCUGGUCUGUUCGAGAUCAACUCAAACACGGGGAACAUUACCAUGCUGAAGCCAGCUGAUGUGUUGGGGACGAUCACUUUGACAGUGCUGGCCAGUCAGAAAGUGAACACUCAUCAGUUUGCCACCACUACCAUCACAAUCAGUGUCCAAGUCAAAAGCUUACACCUCCCAAAAUUUCAGAAAGAUCAGUAUGAAGGAGUCAUCUCUUCAGUAGGCGCCAUGGCGAUGGAUCUGACAAACAAGGACACACCACUGCAGAUUAUCGCCACAGAUGAAGAUUAUGCUGCCACAGCGGGUCUGAAUCCCCACAUCACUUAUUCCGUUAACGGGAGGAGCGAAUUCUCCAUAAUUAACGGCUUCUUAUUCAUGACUAAGGAACUUCCAGAGGAAACCCUGUCCCUGGAAGUAUUGGCAGUAGAUUCAACCAAUGAUGAAACAGCCACAGCUCAGCUGUCAGUGCAGGUGAAAUUAGGUAUCACCACCACCAGUUUACCUCAGACUACUACAGACUUUAUGACUUCCACAACCAUAGGUGAAUCCACAACCAGCACCAGCGUCUCAACGACCAGCCCCAGUGAGAGCACCACUAACUCUGCUACGUCCACUGAAGACAGUUCUUCAGCCACUAAGCCCACUCCCAGCAAGGCACCACCAGUCAUCAACCCAUCUGGUGAAUAUGGAACAGUGGAGAUGGCAGCACUGGGUGCAACCCUGGGCGCUCUCCUGUUAAUUUGUCUGGUGGUCAUUGGCGUGCUUGUCCAUCGCAUGCAAAAGGGGAAGGCAGACUGGAAGAAGAUCUUUGAAGCCAACAUAUUUCGAAGCUCCCUGGGUCAAGGCCCAGGCCAAAAAGAGGGCAUCCAGUACACCAAUGAAGCCUUCCAGCGUGAUGAUGACGGAGGAAGCACGGGCUCAAGUGGUCCAGAGACAAAAAGUGUACAGACACCAAAACCAGCAUGGGAUAUCCCAACCAAAGAGGCCAUCGAAAGGUCUUCUGCACCACUGCAUGACCUUUUGCCUGAUGACACCAGUGAUGUAGGCUCAGAUAAGGCUGACAGCGAGAAGGAAGUAAAACCCAUCCUGACAAAGGAGAGGCGUGUGGAGGAGGGGUACAAGUCUGUCUGGUUUAAGGCAGACAUUGACCCCAGUGCCAAGGAAGAGGUAGUCAUUCUCCCAGACAACAGGGAGGACAGCGAGGAGGAAGAUGAGGAACCCCCCUCAAGCAGCAAAAAACAUGACCGGGAUGGAAAACCACAAAAAAACUCCAAGGUCUUGUUUGCUGAUACCGAUUUGGACAGUGGCCUAGGCGUGAAAAUAGAGGAACCAGGAGAUGACUCAGAUGGUGACGAAGGACUGAACAUUGAUCUGUAA